CGCUCAUUUUGUGCGUGCGUAGGGCUUUUGACUCUCUCUCUCUCUCUCUCACUAUAGCUCCUUACUUGUGGCCACUCAACAUAUAGUCCACACUUUCCUCUCACGGAGAGAAGACAUAGUUUCUUCAAUCGGCGCCAGAUCCUCCGAGAGUGGCAGAUAUGAUGGAAUCGGGGGCUGGUCUCUUGGCGAUGGAAGAGAGGAUACUACCGGGAAGCUUCUUCCAGUUUCCUCUUCCUGGAUUCAGUGCUUCUCCCAAUCGGUUAUCUCCUUGUCCUCCUCCCCCUCCUCCCACUGGUCGUGAGAGGUACUUGGCUGAAUUGCUGCAAGAGAGGCAAAAGUUGGGUCCUUUCUCACAACUUAUGCCACAUUGCUGCAGACUACUUAAUCAAGAAAUUCGGAGGGUCUCAAGUUUAUCCGACCUUGAUAGAUAUGAGCCUGGCAGUCCAUUUAGAUCGCCUGGUCUUCUGCCCCCGACUAAUGGAAAGCUUGAUUUUGAUGGAUGGUCAAUGAUGCAAGCAGAGGAGAAUUUUCAUCACCAGAGAGCUUCCCCAUUUCGUGCUCCAGUAGGCUGGGGACUCCAUUCUCCUCCACCCAUUGUGAAAAGAGUGAUUAGGCUUGAUGUGCCUGUCGAUCAAUUUCCAACCUUCAAUUUCGUUGGGCGGAUUCUCGGCCCGCGUGGGAACUCUCUAAAAAGAGUCGAGCUGGCAACACAGUGUAGGGUGUUUAUUAGAGGACGAGGAUCCGUCAAGGAUACUCUCAAGGAGGAGAAACUCAAAGGUAAGCCAGGUUACGAGCAUCUCAGUGAGCCACUACAUUUACUGAUCGAAGCCGAGCUUCCCGAGGACAUAAUCAACUCUCGAUUGGAGCAUGCAGUUCAUUUCCUUGAGUCGCUCCUAAAGCCAAUGGACGAAUCAGUGGACCACUACAAGAGGGAACAGCUGAAGGAGUUAGCUGCUCUGAAUGGUACGCUAAGGGAAGAGAGUCCAAGUCCGAGCUUGAGCCCUUGUCUGAGUCCGAGCAUGUCCCCUUUCAACACCAAGCGUGCCAAGACUGGACAAUAAAGAUUUUUACACGAGAGAUGAUUUCCUUUUUUUUCUGUGAUUCGGACAGAGAAACCAUGGCAUGGUCGUGUGGACUUGGGGCAAAUGCUCUCUCUCUCUAUGCAUCAUUGCCUAUCUAUCUGCGGGGUGAUAACGUUCUAACGUUUUUGAUGAGACACUUCAAUUAAUUUGUUUUGGUCAUUAAGUUUAUUCUUUAUAUUUUUGAAAGUUUUGUUGGCUAGCAGUGAUUACCAUUGACUGGGUAAUAAUAAUCUUAAUAAUGGCGUUUAUGAAAUGUAAUCUCGUUCUGAUUCAUGCAA